ACGGCAAUUUGUGGAAAGAAUUAUGAUCAUUUAGCUUGGAGGAUUGGAGAGAUUGGGGUGUCCCGAUAUAAGGUCAUGCAUCGGUUGCAGACUCCUCGCUCAUCUUUGUUGGACAUUGAAAGUCGACGCUGUGGUCCCGGUACAAAGAUUGUCAGUGCGAUAGCACUCCUAGUACCGACUUUACCAUCUGCGUUCACUCCUCAGAACACCCUUCCCUCGAGUCAGGAAAUCUCGAAGGAUCCACGAGGCCCAGGUUCUUGCGGAGUUGGAAGGAUCGAACCUCUAUCAUACGGCCGAGUACACCGACCAAGACCAAUGCCAAGCAUCACUAUACAAGGAAACCGCCGGUCUGCCGGAUCAUCGUGGGACGAUCUUCAGCAUCGCGACCAACGUCAGUCUGCAAAGGACAUGGCAUAACGCAACUCUUGGACUGCGUCAUUCAUGCGUCGGCUGGUAUAUCACGCCCGCUCGUCCCAUGGUGUCUCCUCAUCAGUAUUCUUCAAGACCAACGCAGCAACCAUGCAUUCGAGCACGCCAGCCGCCAUCUUGUUCCUCCUGUCACCUUCAGCCUUUGCAGCCUCUUGCUCGUCUUUCACACCUUCGCAAGAUCCGUAUUCUCAGCCCGCCUCAAACACAUUCAUCAUCAGCAAAGGUGUGACCUGUGACUCGACGACUGAUGUUUGCCGCGUACCUAUCGGUGGAUACGUGACCGAUGGACGCAGCAUGAACAUCACAACCGACUCGGAAGACUCCAUCUACCAGCGCAUCGCCGACACUGUCGGCUUCUCAUUCAACGAAAGCAUAACGACAUGGUGGGGCUCCUCAAAUGUCAGUGAGCCAGAUACAUGGCCCAUUCAGAACGGUACCUCUGGCUAUGUCGGAUGGACCGCAAUCCACCGAUGUACUUCUGGCCAGCUGUCUGGCUGCGAUGCAUCGACGGUGGAGGGUAUUUAUGUCGAGGCUUGCACACCUUUUCCUCCAGGUGGUGACGUUGAACUCUCCGGCACCACUGCUGCAAUAACCACCGACCGUAGCACGGCAGAAGCACUCACUUGCAAUCCUGCCAACACCACCGCUGCUCAGAAUGGAAAUUACUCGAAUUCCUGUUCGACUGCAGAUUCGCAGCCCGAAGAGGGAGCUGCCAGCGGACUGGGAGGUGUAUCGUUGGUAUUGCUUUCUGGUUCUUUACUUGUCGCUUUCGUUGGGAUAUAAUCCUUAAACACGACUUUGGGAUAGUAUACAGCACUUGGCGAUUUUGUUGAGCAUAAGAACUCUGUGUACAUAGAGUCUGUUGUCUGAUGAGUAGAACUUUUAUCGAGAUGUUCUCUUAUCCAGUCCUUGACGACUGGUUCUACAGGCUUAAGCCCACCAUCUGUGAACCCAUUUGGCGAGACAUGGCUACCCAGUCCACCCCAGUCGUUGCGGAUGUUUGCGCUUGAGCCGUCUGCUUCGCGUAGAUCAGCCGAAGCAGGUCGACCAAUCGGCUAGAGCCACCACUCAGACCC